AUGGAGGUCCCAAACCGUGAAUUUACUGUAAAAUUGGAUAGUUUUGAUAUUCCUUUCGUUGUGUCCUAUUUCCUUCACCAGCCAGAGUUGGAGAAAGAACAAGAGCUUGAAGGUCUGCUAAAGGACUUAGCCAACUGCAAGGUGCAACUGGAGGCAAAGGACUCUGCCCACAUGCAAGCCCUUCUUAAGCUGGAUCACUAUCGGAAAGCAGCAGAUGAGCUUUCCACCUUGCUGAAGAGCUCCGAGGUUGAGAGAGAUAAAUACAUAAAUGAAUGCAUAGAAUCUAGAACCCGGAUAGAUGAACUUGAAACCAAGAUGAAGGAGAUGGCUGAUCAAUUGUUGGAAACUGCAAAGGUUCGAGAGCAGCUUUCACAUGUUUUAAGCGAGUUGAAAAGUGCACAAGAAGAGUUACUUCGUGUGGAAACAGAACUUGCUGAUGCUAGAGCAUCUGAAUUCAAGGCUAUGACGCAAGCAGAGCUGAUGCAAACUGCUGUCAACAUGGAAAGAGGCAAGACAGCUGAGCUUCUAAAGCAUGUAUCAGAGCUCAAUGAAGCUAUUCUUCAUUCAAAGCUGGAUGCUAUUGAAGCAGAGAAAGAGAACUCUGCAGUUCUAUCUGAGAAAAAGGCAGAGUUACAGUUAGUGACAGCAACUUUGGCUCAAGCACAGGAACAACUAGAAGAGUUGAGGAAACAAACAGAGAUAGUGCAGUUUCUGGAAAAUGAGCUCCUGGCUAAAUCGGUAUUUAUUGAAACCCUGCAAUUUGAACUUAAAGAAGCCAAUGAACUUCACAGUUUAUCUGCAAAAGCUGCUUCUGAAGCUAUUAACAAUUUAAACCAGCUAAAAUCAGAUUUUGAAAGGCAGGAAAGAGAGAACUCAGAACAAGCAGUAUCCAUUAACUCACUGGAAAUGGAGCUUAAUCAGUUGAAAAUAAAGCUUAAGAAUGCAAAUGGUAGGCCGUUUAAAGUGUGA